AUGGCUCUCCCGCAGUCCGCAUACAAAGAUCGCGAGUUCUUAGCUGUCAUUGGUGACGAGCACGUAACAGACCCUCCCGACUCUCAGAAGAACUACCUCGUCGUCGACUCUAAGACCGAAACCUCCACCAUCGAAGGUGCAUUUGAGUCGUUUACAAGAGAGCGGAAGGAUAUUGCGAUUGUCUUGAUCAAUCAACACAUCGCAGAGAAAAUACGAGCAAAGGUCGACCAGUACAACGAGGCGUUUCCAGCUCUAUUAGAGAUCCCAAGCAAAGACCAUCCAUAUGACCCAGAAAAGGAUAGUGUGAUGAAGCGGGUGAGGAAACUGUUCGGGGAGUAG